AUGGCCAGUAAAAAAUUGCUGCGCGAAGAGGAGAUUUUGGACUCCGAAGCCUAUCUGAACACUAUCCUACCAAGCUGGAAGAAGAGGAUCUGCCGCGGCUGCUUUGCUGCGCACAGCUCACGCCUGUCCAUCAAAUGCCAGUGCAACCAGGCAUGGUACUGCUCAGAGGCCUGCAGGGAGAGCCAUGCUCGCACAGGCACAGCCGGGGCCCAGUGCCCCAUCCCACACAUGCUGGUGUGCCCGGUGCUGAGCUUCUUUGGCGGGUCCAAGUGUGAUGCUGACAUGGAGUCCGUCCUGCACAUGUGCCUGGACGUGCUGGCCCUGCAACACCUCGAGAACCAGUCUCAACUUGCAGGUGUGCAGCGGCUGGCAGCGCUGGGCCACGCGGAUUUCCUGCUGCUGCAAGAUCACUCUGGCGACUUCAACAAGGAGGAUCGGCGUGACUGGAUGAAGGCGCUGACGUUUCUGGAGGGUGCUCUGCGCAAGGCUGCCUGGCCGGGAGAGUGCCCACAGCCUCAAGACCUGCUCCACAUCGUGGGCCGCAUCGCCGCCAACAACUUUGGGAUCUACAGGACACGGGGAGGCAACGUUGCUGCUGGCAGGCAGGGAGUGGCCGCCCAAAAGGCAUCCCUUGGCGGCUCGCCGGAGGCUGAGCAGACACCGGAGGCCCAAACUCCUGGUGACAGCGGCUGCUCUGCCCUGCCACAUCCCAGCAGCAUCAGUGUUCCAAAGCUGCCUGCGUGGCCUCUUGCGCAGCCUGUUGCUGCCCAGGACUCGUGUGACCAGGACCUGUCAUCCUGUCAGUCACUCGACACCACAGGGAAGGAGCAUGCGCAUGCCAGCAAUGGCACCAUGGGAUCGAGUCAAGCCAGGCAGCACGAUUGCGAGCACGACGGCUGUGAAGCCCUGGUUCAAAACUUGAGCAUCAGCAAAGGCCCUGACAGAAUGGAUGACGAGCAGAGCGGCACAGCCGCACAGACGGCACAGGAGGACUCAGACGCUGGAACGGGCAGCGCAGCAGGCACUCAUGGUUCCCACAGAGACCUGGAACCUGCCUCUGAGCACCCAGAUCAGCAGAAACUUUUAUCGACAGAGGCAGCAGUGCCAUCCAGAAUGCUUGACCAGGCAGCAGCGGAGGGAGACAGACAGACUGAAGAGCAAGGCACAAAAGACACUGCAAGCGCAGAUGAACCAGUUGUAAGUGCAGCGGCAAACGGCACAUCGCACGAUCUGAGGGAUAGAGCCACAGCAUUAGAGGAGCUGAUAGGACGGGAGCUGUAUGUCAGAGCGUCCCUGCUCAACCAUUCCUGCCGCCCAAACUGCGUGGUCGUUCGGAGCAUGACCAGCGGGUCAGUGCGUGCCCUCAGAGACAUUGAGGAAGGGGAAGAACUGACCAUCAGCUACAUUGACCUCGGCCUGCCGCCUUCAGCCCGAGGCGACGAGCUGCGGAAAAACUUCUUCUUCGAGUGCACAUGUGACAGGUGA